GAGUAACUGUCCUCACGGCUGUUUGCAGGGAACUCACAGAAUUGCAGGCUUUCUAGUCAUGCUUUUUCGUCACAGCUCCUUCUUUCAGAAGAAUGUUGAACAAUCACAUGCAAACAGCACAUGAUAUGUUGCCACUGGGGGGAUUGGAGAAAACCUGAGCAGGCUCCAAUCUGUCAACUGAGAGAAACAAGUUUAUUGUGGUGCAAAAUGAAACUCUUACUGUUGAGAUAACACGUGUGGAUGAGUUAGAAGGGUAAUUAUUAUUCAUUUUCUUUUUUUUUUUAAUUGUCGUUUUGCACCUUAAAGUAAUUCAACCUAAUUAACUAAAUCUAUGAGUUUUGCCAUAGAAGACCUGAAAACAAUGAUUGCAUCACUUCUUUUUAUAGGUUAUAAAGUUUUAAAUAGAGAGAACAAAGGAGAAAAAGUCAUAAAAUCAAAGGACUAGGAGGCCAGAUGGGCUGUGAAUAAAGAGGAAGACAAGGCAGGCUGAAGAAGAGUUGAUCAUCGAUCUGUUACUGUAGAGGCAGAUGAAGACGAAAAGAAAAGUACGCAGUAGGGGAAAAAACAGUGCAUGAUUUGGGGCGGGCACAGAGGUGGGGCAAGUGUGGGAGAGGCAGAAGGGUGUGUGCUCACAGGAAGCACUCUUCCUCAUCUGUGCAUGCGACCAGCUUCUGUGCGUCUCCAGCAAAGAGGAUAGAAAAGUUAGAUGUGGGAGAGUUAAAUCCACAGCUUUCAGAGAAACUUUAAGAUUUUUUUCUUUUAUUUCUGUUGUUCUUUUUAUUUGGUUUGCUUUUUGCCUUGCUCCUUUAUUCACACACAAACACACACUUACACACACACACACCAGCCGUCACUCUGGUUAUUGGGAAAGGAAGACCAGUGCAGAGCAGAACUGUUACACACCUUUCGUCGCAGCUGCUCACCCUGCCGUCUCCAGCAGCUUUGUUCAAGAUGUGGACUUUUCUAUUCGGGGUCAUCUUUGGAUUACUGGCCUCCUGCAGUUUGGCUGAACUUGACGUGAGCUCUCGCUCCUGCAGCUUUGCUGGGGUUUUUCUGGCUGAAGGAAAAUCUCGCCACUCUCUAAACUUCAACGACGCUCAAAAGGUGUGUGAACAGUUGGAGAGCACCAUGGCAACCACACAGCAACUUAAGGAAGCUUAUAAUUCAACCAUGGAAACCUGCAGGUACGGUUGGAUUAACAACCAGAGCAUUGCCAUCCUCAGACAGAAUUCCCAUGAAAACUGUGCAAAAAACAUGACAGGUUUCCUCAUUAAUUCCAACGUUUCCCCUGAAGACACGUAUGAUGUUUACUGCUUUGAUGAAAAAGUGUCGAAGGAGUCUAAGAACUGCACUAAGAGAUUUCACAGAAAAGAACUCCACCAGGAUGCUCCCGUCGAGACUACACCACAGCCAGGGGAUGAGUCAGGGGAGCCACCAAUCUUUACAAAAUCACCAACAGAAGAUGGCUCUGAAAAUAAAACCUCCAAGGACAUUUUUCGGGAGGAGGCCAUGGGCGAGAAGGCUGACGACACCACACAAGAGCCAGAGGAUUCCUUUGAGUUUACUGAGGAAAUCCUCCAUGAAGAAAAUGUCACCAACAGUGUGACUGACACCUACGUUCCUGGGGAACUGGACCACACGGCUGGAUCUGGGAUGUCACCAUAUGUCACUCAGAAGGAGGACGCCUCUGCAGUGACCCCUGUUGGAGGGCCGGGAGACGCACAAGAGGAAAACAGUCACACUGAGUCCAAAGAAGAGGAACCACAGACUGAAGAAAACUCUCAGGAUAAAGGACCCGUGGAUAAGAGGCGUUCCCUGCAGCCUGAUGGCACUGACAAAAACCCAGAAAAAAGUGGAAAUUCAGACUGGCUGGUGGUUGUUGGAGUGAUCGUGGGAGUCGCAGCCAUUCUUCUGGUGUGUGUGGCCUACAUAAAAAGAAAAAGCUUGUGCAGCAGGCAGAAAACCCUCAUGAUCACAUCCAAAGAUGGCACUGAGGGUAACGGGACGGCAGCAGCGGCCGCCGCCGCCUCCACAGUGGCUUCCAGCUCUCUCAGCCAGGACAGAGACCAGGAGAUGGUGACCCUCAUGAACAAAGAGACGCUUCAGGAGAACGGUAACACGGAAGAGUUCACGGUCAUUAAGCUGGAGGAGUCGCCAGAUCAGGACAAGCAGGCGUGAGGGAGACGGGUGGAGGUGGAAGGAGCGGGCACGCUGGCAGACAAAUCAGGACUGAAGCUCUAAACUUUUAAAAUUAAUUUUGGUUGCCCACCCCUGAAUGCACUCUGAGUUAAAACCAGUCUGUUGCACCUUCAGAGUCAGCCUAACAUCUGGAGCUGAAGAUGUUGCUUCUUUUCUGGAUCAGAUCAGAAAUUUCACGUCUGAUUUUUCCAGGAAAACAAAGCAAAGUUUGGAAAACCAUAUGUAUUAUUUUUAUUAUUAUUUUGCUUUACGUAGAUGGCUACAUGGGAAAAUGAUAGUUAAUUUACGCAUUUGUUACACUUUUGUAAGUUUUUUUUAUUUUAUGAAUUUUGUUGUUAAUUUGUUCACAUCAUCUGGGAACUAAUCAGUCGUUUAUUUAAAUGUGUUUUAAGUGACUCCAAAAUCCUAAUAAUGAUGCUAAUUAAUGUGCCUUUUUGUUUGAUAGAUUUGUUAUUUAAUUCCAGAGUUUGCCUUCAGAUUGAACUUUCAAAAUAAAACCUGAAAAUAUCACAGUCACAAGUAAUGUAAUUGUAACUCGUAUUAUCUGUAUAUAUUGUUUAAAAACUUUUUUUUUUUUGUUAUAGGAAGGAAACCUUUUUUAAAUGAUUUUUUUUCUGCCCUCAUUUUAAAUAAAGUGUAAAAAUUGCUGCAUGUGUAAACCUGCUGUAGAGUUCUGAACUUUUAAAGCCAGUUCAUAUUUUAGGGGGUUUGUGGAAAUGAACAGAUGAUAUCCUGAAACUAAAAAAGAAAAUAUGGUAAAUGUGUGUCUGAUGUGCAGAAAAAGAAAAGGAUAAAUAGAUGAAGAAAUGAGCACAAAUCCUGACUGAGUGGAAACAAAAGGGUUUGUUUUGAAGUGAAGAACGGUGACUUUAAAGACUGGUUGUGUUGUCACUGUGACAGCAGUGUUUGUGUGUGUGAUGAAUUUGUGUACUUGUUCAAAUUGUGUGUACAACUUCAUGUUUAAGCAUGUUCUUACAGUAAAAAUGCUGCAUUUACUCUCUGGCUUUGAUAAAACUUACAUUGUGUGAUGUUUUUUGGCAUUCUGACAUCAUACAUCAUGUUUUUUAUUAUUAUUAUUAUUAAAGCUCAACUUUUGCUUUGCAGAAAAAACACAGAUUGUACUAGAGUAGUCAGGUUUGAAUCAUUAACAAAGAAAGGUUGCUGAAAAGAACUUGUAAAGUCAUGACAUAAAUAAAUGUGUACAAAGACG